AAAGGGGCGUACAGAGAGGACGGCGGAAGUCUCGAGAAUCUUUAACAACAACGGUUUUUUUUGUAGUUUUGCGGCGUUGUUUGUUUGACGUUUGUGUCAUACCAGUAAUCAGCAAUACAUUCACUAACUUCGUUAGUUACAUACGUGUAAAGGUGGGAAAAAGCUGCUUUUUCGCGUUUACUUUUCCCUUUAUUGUGACCUGGGCACAUUGGUAAUGUCGUCCCCAAUGGAAAUGACCGAGCUGUAUGACAACGCUCUGCUUGGCAUACUACAGCACGUCGGAAACAUCCAGAAUUUUCUUCAGGUUUAUUUCGGCUUUCUGUACCGAAAAACUGACUUCUAUCGCCUGCUCUCCGGCCCCAACGACCGCAUGGGUUUCCCCCCUGGAGUAGCAGAGAAGAUGGUUCUUAAGACAUUCAGGAUGUUUGAGCGUAUAGCAGCACAGGAUAGAGAGAGACUCACACAGGAGAAGGAGAUGAGGACGGCGCCCCCUGCAGUGCAGGAGGUGGUGGUACAGUCUGAGCAGCAGGAAGCAGGUGCACUGGGACAAGAAGAUUUGGCGCCCGUGGUGGAAUCUGCGAGCCCAGCAGCGGAGUCUGCGAGCCCCACUGCGGAGCAGGACCCACCUUCUGAGUCAAAGCCAGCUUGCAGUGAGGCUGCCCAGCCUCCAGAAGCUGGUCAGGCAGAGGGGGGCUCAGAUGCCACUGAUGCAGCUUCAGGGCAGACACAGUUCCAGGCAAACCCAGACAGUUAUAAUGGAGCUGUCAGGGACAACUACAGCUGGUCUCAGGAUUACUCGGAUGUGGAAGUGCGUGUGUGUGUGCCCGCCAACAUUGUCAGGGGCAAACAGGUCUCGGUGGAUCUGCAGGCGAGCAGCAUCCGCGUGGCUGUGUGGGGGGGGGCCACGGAGCGAGUGCUUAUGGAGGGAGAGUUCACGCAUAAGAUCAACACAGAGAACUCCCUCUGGAGCCUGGAGCCCGGCAGCUGCGUGCUGCUGUCCCUCAACAAGAGCGGUGAGGUGUGGUGGAGUGCCGUGCUGAAGGGCGAGGCGGAGAUUGACAUCAACCAUAUCAACCGUGAGCGCUCCAUGGCCACAGUGGACGAGGAGGAGCACGCGGUGCUGGAUCGCCUCACCUUCGACUACCACCAGAAGCUACAGGGCAAGCCGCAGAGCCAUGAGAUGAAGGUGCAUGAGAUGCUGAAGAAGGGCUGGGAUGCAGAGGGAUCCCCCUUCAAAGGACAGACGUUUGACCCGACCAUGUUUGACAUCCCACCCAGUGCUGUGCAGUUCUGAGUUUCACCAGGAGAGGGUGCCACUGACAAACAGCCUUCAGCCUCACAGGGACAGGAUGCUUGGAUGCACACACUUACACACACGGGGUGUGGUUUCUGCCCAUGUGCCCUAAGUAUGAGAGGCGUUCAAACCACAGUCUCCUGCCAAAGCUUCCAAAAGCAGAAAUGGACUGAAUUGUUCAGAAUUCAUCUCUUAGGGGUACUUUGCGUUCUCUUUUGGUCACUAGUCUGCGUGUACACCGCUUAGUUCCUGAAAUUUUCUAGGAAAACUUUCAUGGGGUAAAUACAAUGUCAGGUGCUGUAUGUGUGGCUAUUAAUUUGUAUGUUUGUUAACUUGAUGGGAUUCCCCCCCCCCCCCUCGGCGUUUUUCCCCACAGCAGUGUGUUCAGAAUUUAUCAGUUGUCUGUUUACUGUCCUGCCAUCAUUCAUCUUCAGGUUAAGCACUUCAGAACUUGGUUCCCAUAUCUUAUUAACUCCUUUUAUCUUGUGUACCUACAAAUAAAAAGUGUGAUACA